GACAAGAAGCAAUGGGCUUCAGUUGCAGCAAUGGCAGUUUAGGUUGGACAUUAGAAAAAACUUCUUGUCAAGGUAGUGAAGCACUGGAAUAAAUUGCUUAUGGAGGUAGUUCAGCAUCAAUGCUGGUAUAGCUUGGAGGUGUAUUAACUCCCUGUGGGUUCCCUCCAUAGCUACAAGGUUAUUCAGCCCAUAGUUGUACCUUAAGCACUACCCCCCACAAAAUACCAUGGAGCAAGGGGAGAGGUUAGAGUCCUUGGAGCUGUGCAACAGAGGUGACUAUCUAGGUGGCCUCUUGACAACUCCAGAUGGGAUUAUGGCAAGGUGCGUAUGAACCACACCUUAAAUAAAUGCUGAAGCAGGUUAUAGCGUGGCAGCUAACCUAAUUAGUGUAUUUCACUGGGAGCACAGCACCUUGCUUCCCUUGCUGCCUAUUGGUUCCCGAGUGGAGAUUAUGAUUUGAUGGAACAAUGAAAACAAAACAUUUUUGCUAUAGUUUGUUGGGUUGGGGGGGGACACCAUCUCUAUUUGUAAUAAUAAACACAGAUUUCCCCCCCCCCCGCCAUCCGUACUAGAGACAAAUGUCACAUUAACCCACUGUAUAUUUGUAUCUUUCUUUUCUGGGGUAACAGAGCAAGUAGUCAUGCUAGGAGACUAGUGCAUUCUUGUGGGGGGCGGGGGCGGAGAGAAAAGCCAUGAAUCUACUUUCUGAGAUUUGCACUGUCACGGCUUUUGAAGAAGUUUGCAUUUCUCCUUCCCCACCUCUAGGUCCCCAGCUCCCUCCUCUGUGCUUUCCAUCAACUUUCUGAUAGGCAGAUGGAAUAAGGAGAGGUGGGCAGGCUCUUGCAUUCUGCACCAGGAACACACACGCUGUUCUCAUUCCAAAAGGGGAAAGAGCUAGAGUGCAGUUGCAUCAUAAUGAGCCACUCUGACCCCUUGAUCACAAUGAGUCUUUCCCCAGUGCAUCUCUACUACCCGAUUUUCACAGACUGUCCCCUUCUUUGGAUGAAAUCAUCUUGAAUUAACAUGUAAAGGGAAACAUGGAGCCAUUUGUAGGAUUGUAAGCAUUGCUAAAGUGUUCAUAUCUCAGAUAAUCUACUUUUGGAUUAUUGUCAUCUUCUCAGUGUCGCAUGCCUGUAGUGAAAAUAUUUCAAAGGCAAGUUUUGUUCUAAUUUUUUCAGCUUUCUGUGGCUUUCUCAGGGUUUUUCCUACAUUCCUCUUCUUUGCUCCUCUUCUCGUCACUUUGCCGGCUGUCUCUUCAAUGUCACAUACAGUGUACGUGCACACAAAAAUCAACCAGAUGCUUUUUGAGUCUCCAAGAAAAAGCACAGGUGGUGAACACAUAUCCGGAGCUGGUAAAGCAUUUAAUGAAGAAAAGAUACUAUCCCUCUUCUCUGCACUGACCUCGUGCCUUUAUAGGGAUCCCUGCAUUUAUUCCACAGAAAUAAAAAUCCACAGACAUUAACUAAGUCUUCAUUUUUGUUACCUUUCAUCCAUCCAGUACUAAGUUGGUAGUGAAUUGUGAACUACUUUUCACUGGCCUAGACGAGACCAAAGUAACGUCUGUGUCUUGGGAUGGUGGAUUUUAAUUUUGUCUCUUUGGGAUUAUCUGUCUGAGUGACAAUUUAGCUAAGGCAAGUCCAGCCUUUCCUCUCUUAAAAAGGUCCCCUCCCUGUUUGCUGUUGGCUUGAGCUGUCUGUCGGUGUGGUGAAUGUGUGCCUCCUUUCAUAACUGACUGUGCCACUCUGCAGUUUGGCCCCCCUCCUCCUUUCCCCCCCUGAAACCUGGUCUCUCUCUCUGAGCUCAGCCCCUCUCGCCUGCCUGUGCUUCUGAGCUCUGCCCCCUCCAGCUGGAGACUCAGGUUUAUCUGGAGACGGAAGGGCUCAUUUGGGAGCUGAGAUCUGAGCGGUGAAGGAGAGAUCCGUUGGAACCAGGAGAAGAGAAAGGGGCUAGUUUUACUGAAGAGCUGAAGAGAGGCAGAGCUUGGAGACCAUGGCUGGAUUCUCAGCUCUUGGGCUGCUCUUUCUUUUUCAACUACUAGCCACAUCCUCAGCUCAGAGAGCAGGACCACGAGGCCCUCCUGGACCACGAGGACUCCCUGGACCACCUGGCAAGGAAGGCAUAGAUGGAGAACCUGGCCCACCUGGUUUACCUGGCCCACCAGGGCCGAAAGGUGCACCAGGGAAGCCUGGAAAGGCAGGUGAAGCAGGGUUACCUGGCCUUCCUGGAGUGGAUGGUUUAACAGGACCUGAUGGCCCACCUGGCCCAAAUGGGCCACCAGGAGGAAGAGGUGCUUUAGGACCUGCAGGGCUGCCUGGACCAGCUGGCAAGGGACUGCCAGGCCCUCCGGGGCCUCCAGGAGCUAGUGGACUCCCGGGUGGAAACGGACUUCAGGGGCCACCUGGACCAUCAGGUCUUCCAGGAUUCCCAGGACAGCCUGGACCUCCAGGGCCUCCAGGUCUUCCAGGGGUUCUUCCUGAUGGCGGCGGGGACCUUCAGUGUCCAGCUCUCUGCCCCCCAGGCCCUCCAGGUCCUCCAGGAAUGCCAGGAUUCAAGGGGCAUACAGGCCACAAAGGAGAACCUGGGGAAACAGGAAAAGAUGGUGAGAAGGGAGAUGCAGGCCCUCCAGGUCCUCCGGGGAUUCCAGGCAGCGUCGGCCUGCAGGGGCCAAGAGGGUUAAGAGGCCUCAUUGGGCCAGAGGGUCCAGUUGGGGACAGGGGACCUUUUGGUUUCAGAGGGCCACCGGGACUCCCAGGAACUCCAGGGAAAGCAGGAGGCCGAGGAGACAAAGGACCUCAAGGGUUCAGAGGGCCCAAAGGUGAUACUGGUAGACCUGGACCAAAAGGAUCGCCAGGGACCAGUGCCAUAGGAGAACCUGGCAUGCCUGGCAAAGAUGGACGAGAUGGAACACCUGGACUCGAUGGUGAGAAGGGUGAUGUGCCCCGCUUCGGUCCUCAGGGAGAGAAGGGACCAAACGGACUUCCUGGGCUACCUGGAAGACCAGGUCACAAGGGUCCAAAAGGUGAACUAGGUAGUCCUGGAGAGAUGGGAGAGGCAGGUCAAUCGGGAGAGCCCGGUAUCCCUGGUGAUGCUGGUAUCUCUGGUGAGAGAGGUGAGCCCGGACCUAGAGGAUCAUCUGGUGCACUUGGUCUUCAAGGCCCAUUGGGAGCCCCAGGUGUAAGGGGCUUUCAGGGCCGCAAAGGUGCCAGUGGGGAACCUGGACUCCCUGGCCCUACGGGGAUUCGUGGUGAAUUUGGUGACAGGUGCAUUGCAGAAAAGACCAAGGUCCUGAAAACUCGAAUUAGCUCCCGGCUGUGGGUUCUGGGUGGAGUUUCUGGCCCCAAAGGUAACCAGGGCGCUGCUGGAGCAGAUGGCCUACCAGGUGACAAAGGAGAACAGGGUCCUUUUGGCCCCCCAGGACAAAAGGGAGAGUCAGGAAAAAGAGGCGAGCUGGGUCCUAAAGGUAUACAAGGACCUAACGGGACUUCUGGUGUGCAAGGGAUUCCAGGUCAUCCAGGACCUAUGGGCUACCAGGGAGAGCAAGGUAUCCCUGGCAUUACUGGAAAACCUGGCCCUCCAGGCAAAGAGGCCAGUGAACAACAUAUAAGAGAACUCUGUGAGGGAAUGAUAAAUGAACAAAUUGCACAGUUAGCUGCUAAUUUGAGAAGGCCCUUGGCUCCUGGACUGAUGGGUCGACCUGGCCCAGCGGGUCCCCCAGGUCCACCUGGGGCAAUGGGAAGUGUUGGUCAUCCCGGUGCUCGUGGUCCACCUGGAUAUAGAGGGCCAACAGGAGAACUUGGAGACCCUGGUCCCAGAGGUGAUACAGGUGAAAAGGGAGACAAAGGAGCCACUGGCAUAGGUAUUGAUGGGCCUGAUGGAGAUCAAGGACUUCAAGGUUCACCAGGUGUAACUGGAAUUAGUAAAGAUGGUCGAGAUGGUGCUCAUGGUGAACCUGGUCUGCCAGGUGAUCCUGGUGUACCUGGUGCAACAGGGGCUCAGGGAACUCCAGGAAUCUGUGAUACAUCAGCCUGCAUGGGUGCUGUUGGAGGAGGAUCCAAAAAAUCAUCAGCACUGAAACUGGAGAAGUGACUGAAUAUUUAAGUAAACAGUGAAUUGUAUGAAAAGAGUCAGGAUCCUCCUAGUGAUAAAUGGACAAAUAUUCCUUUUAUUAAAAUGAAUAAAAUGGAGACUUUGACACAGUAAUUCAGUUCCAUGACACAGGAAAGCAUCUGACAAAAACCUUAACUAAAAAGAUGCUUACAAUUGUUUCCCCACCCCUUAUUUUCCAGAAUUUUUACUGCAAAUCAGUCUCACUUUCCCUUCCUCCCCACUUUGUUGAAGAGACCUACAGGAGGAAGCGCUGCUCCUUUUACUGUCAUCUCCCUAACUGUACAAAAGCUUGUGGCUAUUUUGCAUAAAGGCUUUACUCUAUGCUCACUGAAUUCAGUAGUGAUUCAGGCACUAAUUGAACAUCAUUGUCCAUGUAUAUUUGUUGUCCACCAUGAAUUAUCAGACUGUACCUCAAACAUUUGCCAUGGCUAGUAAAUGUUAAACCCCUUGCAUUCUUGCAAUCUAACUCUGCAAAGGGUGUAAUGUAUAUAUUAUAAUUUACAGGGGAGAGUUUUUGUAUAUUUCCAUGUUAUAACAAAGGAUAUUCAAUAACAGCAUCUUCACGCCAUCUACUUCAGCUAUUUGCACAGAAUUUGUGAAAAAAAUCCCAAGUCAGAAAGGAUGCUCUUCUCAACACCAGCUAAAAUUACUGUAUGAACUAUUGUAAAAAUAAAAUGAGAUUUUUUUUAACCUUU